CCCUUCCAAAGCUCUCUCUCUCUCCCUCGCUUGUACCUUACUAAUAAUUUUACAUAUUUUGAGAUUAGCUAGGCAGGAUGUCGACAGGAAAGAGUCUCUUCUGCUAUGCUGGAAGGCAAGGCUUUGUUAGGACAAGAGGUGCCCACUUUGUGAAGCAUGGGAGGAGACUCUACUUCAAUGGCUUCAAUGCUUACUGGUUGAUGUACAUGGCAUCUGAUGAUAGCACAAAGGACAAGGUCACAACGACAUUCCAACAAGCUUCCAAGCUUGGCAUGAAUGCUGCAAGAACUUGGGCUUUCAGUGAUGGCGCUCUCUAUAAGGCCCUGCAGCCCUCUCCUGGCUGCUACGACGAGCAAGUUUUCAAGGGACUGGACUUUGUGGUGUCGGAAGCCGGCAAGUACGGGAUUUAUCUUAUUCUGAGCUUGGUGAACAACUGGACUGACUAUGGCGGCAAGAGACAGUACGUGCAGUGGGCCAAAGACCAAGGCCAUUACUUGAACAACGACGAUGAUUUCUUUUCCGAUCCUGUCGUCAAAGGAUUCUACAAGAAUCAUAUCAAGGCUGUACUGACAAGAGUGAACUCCAUAACUGGGGUGGCUUAUAAAGAUGAUCCCACCAUCUUUGCAUGGGAACUCAUGAACGAGCCUCGCUGCGAAAGCGACUUAUCUGGGAAGCCUGUUCAGGAUUGGGUUGAAGAAAUGGCAGCCUACGUCAAGUCCAUUGACGCAAACCAUCUGCUUGAAGUUGGACUUGAAGGAUACUAUGGUGAAUCGAUGCCGGACAAGAAACAGUUCAAUCCUGGUUACCAAGUCGGCACCGAUUUCAUAGCCAAUACCCGAGUUCCUGGAAUAGAUUUCGGCACAAUUCAUAUCUAUCCUGAACAAUGGUUAUCGGGUUCCAGUGAAGAAGUUCAAGCUGAAUUUGUAGGGAGAUGGAUAGAAUCCCACAUCCAAGACUCCAACACAGUGCUUGUGAAACCAUUGCUGGUGACUGAAUUUGGCAAGUCUUCCAGGGUGACACCAGACUACAGUGAAAGCAAGAGGGAUGCCUACUUUCAGAGCGUCUUCAACACCGUCAAUGGCAGCGCUAAGAGCGGCGGGUCUUGUGGAGGCGAGCUGUUUUGGCAAGUCAUGGCCUCUGGAAUGGAGGGUUGGCAUGAUGGGUAUGAAGUUGUGCUGGAAGAAUGCCCUUCCACUGCCUCUGUGAUUGCUCAAGAAUCUCAGAAGCUUUCAACUCUCUACUGAGAGAAGGUCCCUCCUCUUGACGAGAUUAGACCCUAUAUCAAGAAUAAUAUAUAAGUGUCGUUAUUGGUACAAAUGCACUUAAUAAGAAUUAGUGAUGAUGAUAAUAAUGUACCCACAAGCUGGCCUUCCUGCAGUUUGACUACUUAUCAUGGGCAUGUCUUCUCCUUUGUUGUCUAAUAAAAUG